AUCUAUUUGUGGGUGGCUUUAAGUCACUAAAGUUUAGCAAAACUUAAAUCGAAUUGCGUUUGCGACGGAAAGCGUCGACCAACUGCUCCCGUCCUGCGACGUUACCUGGUCACGCAUACCGUAGAGCUGCACCGGAGCGCUUGCUUAUCCUGCAAUGCGGUGGCUCUGGACCUUCGGCCGGGUCCCCGAACUGGAUCCGGACGGCAUCCUGGCUGUCAGCAAACGCAUCAUGGCCAUGUCACCCUCGCAACGCUGCUCCCCUUCCGCACCCCGCAUCAUCGACGUGCGGACCCGCUCCGAGUACCUGGGGGGCCACAUCGCGGGCGCGUUGCACGCCUCCUUCCUGCCGCCCUGGUCCUGGCCCGCUAGCAUCCAGCCUCUGCUGGCCGCCACCUCCCCCGCCUCCACCGAGAUCUACGUCAUCUGCCUCUCCGCGCACCGCUCCAUAGGCGCCCUCAAGUGGCUGCAGGACAGGGGAUACAAGAACGUACGACAACUGAAGGGAGGCAUGCAGGCCUGGCGGGCGCUGGCUCUGCCCGAGGUCACUGGGGGCGAGGAGAGGGAGGAGGCUGGUGCGGCCCCAGGGGAGGGAGAGGGGCAGCGACAGACGGAAGGAAGCGACGACACGGGGGCGACCGGUGGAUCCAGGGAUGGCAAGCCUGCCUCGUAGGGGGAGCAUGGAGGGGGUAAAGAGGAAACGAAUAACGAGCCAUGGAGGGGAGCGCCGAGCUGCCCGGCUUGUGUUUGUUGGCUGGCUGUUGGUUAACAAGGAAUGCAGGUUACGAUGCAGGUUACGCGUGUUGAGGAGUGGCAUUUGUUCAUUUGUGGUUGUUAACAAAGGUGUGUUGCAGUGUGCUGAGUACGGGCAAGUUGUGUUCUGGCCCUGGCUAGGGUGAAUGAGAGCUGUCCAUGCGUUCAUAUGCUUGCAAAUGUUUCGGGUGUUUUGAGCAGUUAGAGCAUCUACAUGGCAUCAUCCACAUGGCAGGAGCAGCGGGUAAAGCGCCGGUUUUGGAAUGUGAUGGUUUUGAGGAUGCAAUAGGUGUGCCCCCACUGGCCCCCCAUACAGUUUUGUCUCAUACAAGCAGCUGGGGAAAGCGUGCUGGGAGGCGCUGCAGGCAUAAGGCCCUCGGCCGUUUCGGGUACAUGUACUUCAAGUUUGAUUCCUUUGGCAUGGAUCGUUCAUACCAUGGUGAAAACCGCCCAUCCCAUCAGCACUGGGCACGUAAGCACCAUUGGGCCAGAUCAGUAGUACGGUGGGGGACCACGUGCGAACCCCUGGUGACGAUCUGUUUUGCAGCCCUCACAAAUCGACGUUUUGCGGGUUUGGCCGCGUAACUGGGUUGGCGGGAGGCCCCGUUAGGACUGCGUGCCGUACCUGCACCCCUCGGCCAGUCCUAUGCGCACAUGCCUGGCUGGCGGGUGCUGGUGGCCUCUGCUGUGCGUGCGUGGAUGCCUGGCUAUCCAGGAGGCGGGUCCAGGAGCUAGAUUAGCGCAUGCAUGGGCGGUUGGGUAGGUGGCGCUUUAUUUACUUGCGCAUGCACAAAUAGAUGGAUGGAUAGCCAGGGGGCGGGUCCUGCUGCCCUACCUACCUGCGCACCCCACGCGCGAAGUCUGCGCAUGCAUGCAUGGGGCGGCUACGAGGCGGCGGCCCCCAUGCAUUCGAAAGCAAGUGCGCUACUGCUCAACACGGAGGGGCGAGGUGGGUGCUGGAGCCGGCCCCGAAUGCGGCUCCGUACAUUGUGGCGGGCGUCUAUGGACAAUUGAGAUGUAGUGUACACGGAUGUGUUUCGGUCGCCACGGUACGUGUUCCUAUUCGUGGGCCUCCUGGAUGCGUUCCCUCCAAGUUUGAACCCCCCUCAGUAUGGUCUUUGACCCCCCCCCUUCGGAUUGGGACUGCGUUGUUGCACUUAUCUAUAAAUUUCCCCCCUUAGGAUUCCUUGCUUGACGCUCUGAAAGGUGGAUUAACACACGUGUCCUUGGGCCUGACGCGUGUUGAAGUCUACUGGCCGGUAAAGACACGACACA